CACACACAACACCUGAAAUGAAGACUUCAACCCCAAAAUCCAAAUCCUCCUCCCAAUUCCAAACCCUUUGAAUUUCUCGACAAAUUUCUCCCCUCGAAUCUAAAAUUCGAAGAAUUUUCUUAACAUGAAACCACUAUUUCUGUUGAUCGUAGCGUUUUCUGUGUUGAUUCGAUCAAACGGCGCCGUUUUGUCGUCUUCUUCUUCAUCGCCGUCGCGGCAGCAGCGUACCACGGAGGCUUACGUCACGCUGCUGUACGGCGAUGAGUUCCUGCUGGGCGUCCGAGUGCUCGGCAAAUCGAUACGCGACACCGGAUCCACCAAGGACAUGGUCGUCCUCGUCUCCGACGGCGUCUCCGCCUACGCCAUGAAGCUCCUCAAGGCUGAUGGAUGGAUAGUGGAGAAGAUUAGUCUAUUGGCGAAUCCUAAUCAAGUGAGGCCGACGAGAUUCUGGGGUGUCUACACAAAGCUGAAGAUUUUCAACAUGACUAACUACAAGAAAGUUGUGUAUCUUGAUGCGGAUACUAUUGUGGUGAAAAGUGUUGAGGAUCUUUUCAAAUGCAGCAAGUUCUGUGCUAACUUGAAGCAUUCUGAGAGGCUGAACUCUGGAGUGAUGGUGGUGGAACCGUCUGAACAUGUAUUUCAGGACAUGAUGGGGAAAGUGACCACUUUGGAAUCUUACACUGGAGGAGAUCAGGGGUUUCUGAAUUCCUAUUACUCGGAUUUUCCCAAUGCGCAUGUUUUCGAGCCAAACUUAGCACCAGAGGUUCGCAAGUCUAGGCCAGUUCCAGAAAUGGAGCGUCUUUCAACAUUAUAUAAUGCAGAUGUUGGUCUCUAUAUGCUGGCAAACAAGUGGAUGGUUAAUGAAAGUGAACUCCGUGUCAUUCACUAUACCCUCGGUCCCCUCAAACCUUGGGAUUGGUGGACAUCUUGGCUUUUGAAACCCGUUGAUGUCUGGCAGAAUGUUAGGGAAGGGCUUAAGGACUCCCUUCCGGGAACUGGAGGAGGCAGAAAUCCAAAUGAUGCUCUUGUUGUCAAAAUUCUUUUCUCAGUUCCAGUUUUGGCUCUACUCUUUUGUUACUAUCGAUCUUUUCUUCAGACACGGGAAUACUUUGGAUCCUUAUCUCGAAGUUCAUUUUAUGACCAAAUCAAACACGUAUAUUACAAAAUUAGAUCCACUGGGACUCUUAACUACACGAGUGUUUCUACGUCAUCCACCAUUAAUGCCAGCAAUCAGAGCAAGGUUCCUUGUUACUUGGGCGGAAUGUCUAUUGUUGCGUGUUUCAUGGCCGCUGUGGUGGCCCUUGUGGUUGCUCUUGCAGUUGUACCUCGACAAGUUAUGCCAUGGACUGGUUUACUAUUGAUGUAUGAGUGGACAUUUACAAUCUUCUUCUUAUUGUUUGGAGGAUAUCUCCAUCUAGUUUAUCAAUGGGGGAGGACAACAGCAGUGCAAUCAACACUUUCCUCUGGUCCUGAAUCAGUUGAUGAUGAUUCUGGAAAAGGUCAUCAACGGCAAGUAUCAUUGUGUGAUAGUGCUUCAUUGUAUUAUGGGCUAGGAAUGGCUUUUCUGGCUGUUGCUGCUCCAUCUUUGCCAUGUCUUUUUGGUAUCACUGCUCUAUUUUUAAGGUUAGGUUUAAUGGUUGUUGGAGGCCUAAUCUUGGCAUCUUUCAUGACAUAUGCGUCUGAGCACCUUGCAACUAGAUCAUUCUUGAGAGGCCUUGAAGACCGAGAUGCUACGAGAAGUAGGAGCUUUUGUUAGAUAUGGUUCACUGGUGACAAAACUGAGCAUGUAAAACUACUGACCAAAAGACUCUGUCCUGUAAGCAGUGUUUGAUGCUUCUGUUGUAAUCUGUUUCACAUGGAACGCCUAGAUGAAUUUGUAAAUUAUUGCCAGAAAAUCUGUUGAUAAGUGCUUUUUCUCAAGGAAAUUUUGUUGCAACAUUGUUACGAAAACUUUUAAUGAUACUGUUAACAUUCUUCCGCAUAA